AUGGCCUCCGACACCGGGAGCAACAUGGACAGAGAAAUGAUUCUGGCGGACUUUCAGGCAUGCACAGGGAUUGACAACAUUGCAGAGGCAAUCACCCUCCUAGAACUGAACAACUGGGACUUGGUGGCAGCCAUCAACGGUGUGAUUCCACAAGAGAAUGGCAUCUUGCAAAGCAAUUUCACCAGUGAGGGCUCUCAGACCGGCCCUUUUGGAGAUAAUAGCCAAGCAGCAUCCACAGCACCCACAGCUCCCCCCUCUAGAGCGGCAUCAUCCUCACCUCCGUCCUCCUCUUCUUCCUCCUCGGCCUUCUGCCCCGUCCUUCCCUCUCGGCAGAUUGUGGAACGACAGCCACGCAUGUUGAACUUCCAUGUAGAGUACCGCACACGUUCAGUAGAAGUGGUGCUGGAGGAUGCUAGCACAGUUGGAGACAUCAAACAGAUACUGGAGACGGAGCUUCAGGUGCCUGUGUCUAAAAUGCAGUUAAAAGGCUGGAAGAGUGGCGAUGUUUCAGACAGUACGGUGCUGCGGAGUUUACAUCUGCCCAAAAACAACAGCCUGUAUGUGCUGACCCCAGACAUUGCCCCGUCUGCCACUACCAGCCAGAGCAGCGUCCAGCAGGAGUCGUUAAAUCAGAACUACCUGCUGAUCAUCAGUCACCGGGAAGCGCAGCGAGAGUACAGCCUCAACUUUCCUGCCACUAGAACCAUCCAGGAGGUGAAGAGAAACAUCUCAGACUUGACAAACAUCCCAGUACGGCAUCAACAGUGGGAUGGCUGGCCUGCCUCAGCCUCAGAUGACUCAAUGACACUGGCCUCCUCUGGGAUUAGCUUCCCAUGCCAUCAUCUGAGUGUAUGCAGGAGAUCUUCCCCAGCUACUGCUCUGGAGCCAACUGAAGAGUGCACAGAUGUCCACAUGGUCAGUGACAGUGAAGGUGAUGACUUUGAGGAUGCAUCUGAAUUUGGAGUCGAUGAGUCUGAAAUCUUUGGCAUGGGGAGCUCGAGUUGUCGAAAAUCACCAAUGAUGCCAGAGAACAGUGAAAAUGAGGGUGAUGCCUUACUGCACUUUACUGCCGAGUUCUCAUCAAGAUAUGGAGAUUGCCAUCCAGUCUUCUUUAUCGGUUCCUUGGAGGCAGCUUCUCAAGAAGCCUUUUAUGGCAAAGCCAGAGACAGAAAGUUGCUGGCCAUCUACCUCCAUAAUGACGAUAGUGUUCUGAGCAACGUCUUCUGCUCCCAGAUGAUGUGUGCAGAGUCCAUAGUCUCAUAUCUCAGCCAGAACUUCAUCACAUGGGCCUGGGACGUCACUAAAGAAGCUAACAAAGCCAGACUACUCACUAUGUGUACGAGGCACUUUGGAAGCGUCGUUGCACAGACCAUACGGACAUACAAAACUGACCAGUUCCCAUUGCUACUGAUCGUCAUGGGCAAACGGACAUCAAAUGAAGUAUUAAAUGUUAUACAAGGUAACACAACAGUGGAUGAGCUGAUGAUGAGACUGAUGGGAGCAAUGGAGAUCUUCACAGCUCAGCAGCAGGAGGACAUCAGAGAUGAGGAUGAGCGUGAGGCCAGAGAAAUGGUGAAGAGAGAACAGGACGAAGCGUAUCGCUUGUCUUUAGAAGCUGAUCGCAAAAAGAGAGAAGCACAAGAGCGGGAAGAGGCAGAACAAGUACGUCAGGAACGAAUCAGAAAAGAGCAAGAAGAAGAACGAGAGGCUAUUCGUCUUUCAUUGGAGCAGGCCUUGCCCCCAGAGCCAAAUGAGGAAGAAGGAGAGCCAGUCAGUAAGCUACGUAUUCGGACCCCCAGCGGAGAGUUCCUGGAGAGGCGUUUCCUGGGCAGCUGCAAGCUGCAGGUUCUCUUCGACUUUGUGGCUUCCAAAGGCUAUCCAUCAGAUGAAUUUAAACUGCUUACCACCUUCCCCCGCAGAAAUAUAACACAGCUUGACCCGGCAUGGACACUGUUGGAAGCCAAGCUCUUCCCUCAGGAGACUCUGUUCCUGGAGGCCAAAGAGUAGAACUGACUCUGCACUUGGACAAAUCACAAACAGUGACGAUCUUUAGCAUGGUGUCCACAGCGAACAGACACACAAACACACACUCACACACACACGACGUACAUGAUUACUGAGUGUACGUUAUAUGCACACUGAAGCUUUCACAAGCACAGAGAUACAGAAACACACACAACUGCAGUGUCAUGUUUUUUUUUCUCCACCCACUGGUAAGAUAAUGGAAAAAAGAAAAAAAAAGCAGUGAGGAGACCUAUAGCGACAUCACAGAUGAGAUGUUCCACUUUGGCUGCUUUUUAGACCUGAUUUUGUGUUGACAUGGAAAAAAAGCAUAAAAAUGACCAAAAAAAGAACAAAAAGAUGAAAAAUGAAAAGCAAAAAGACUUUUCCUGGAGAACGCUGGACUAUCUCCACUCUCUCGCUCCAUUGGAUCCCUUGCUCUUUGGCCACGUCCCUAUGGAGUGCCAGCUGCCCUCUUAUUCAACCCCCUCUCCUCCAUACAGGUGAUCAGACCUGGUUUUAAUCUCAACUGCUCGAUAAACAACAGGUCCUUUCUGGUCAGGUUUUUCUUUUUUUUGCCACCCCUUUUGUCCCUUUUUAAGUUUGAUGCUGUAUUAGUUUUAGUUUGAUACAUUAUAUAAAAUAUAUAUGAACCUGUGUCUUGUUUCAUGAUGCUUUUUUUAAUGGCAUUGUGGGAUUUGGUAACCGCAGCACCCUGCAGAAAAAAAACAGUCGCUAUUAAGUUUGAAUUUGGAAAUAUCCACUGCCCUCACACCCCUGUAAAGGAGUCUUCCCUCAUAACAUUUUUCACCCCCAAAAUCUUCAUGAUGUACUCUAGUGCCAGCUGCAGCUGAACUUGUGCAAAGUUUUUGUGAUUCCUGCGUUAUUGUGCCUUAACGUACACUCACUCAUGCAACCUGAUUACAGUUGCACAAGGAUGCUCCUUUGUUUAUAAAGCGUAUUUUGAAAAGAUAUAUGAUAUGCUCUUUCAGAUGCUAGCUCACUUGUUCAAGUGAUCUGGAAAGUGAGCUUAUAAAUUAUGGAUGGCUCACAGUGCUGCAGUGUCAAGCAGAUGAAGGGUUCUCAUAUAAAACAAACAAAAUUGAGGCUUUUUAUUUAUUCCACGUAAUUUCAGUGAAUUAUUAUUUGAUCUUUUCUUUGGAAUAAUUGACAUUGUCUUGUGUAUACACACUGACUGGCCACUGUCCAUUUUAUUAGCUCAACUUACCAUACAGGUGCACUUUGUAGUUCUACAGUUACAGACUGUGAUCCGUCUGUUUCUCUGUGCACAUUUUAGCCCUGUUCCUCAAUGAUCAGGAUCCAAAAGGACCAUCACAGAGCAGGUAUUAUUGGGGGGAGGGGUCUUUUGGUGGCAUGUUAGUUUGUGUUGUGCUGGUGCGAGUGGGUCAGCAGUGCUGCUGGAGUUUUUCAACACUCUCCAUUCACUGUCCACUCUAUUAGAUACUCCUACCUUGUUGGUCCACCUUGUAGAUGUAAAAUCAGAGAUGAUAGCUCAUCUGUUGCAGCACCGUUUGUGUUGGUCAUCCUCUAGUCCUUCAACAGGGGUCCCAGGAUACUGGCCAAAGGAUGCUGCCCAUACAGAGAUGCUGUUGGCUGGAUAUUUUUGGUUAGUCUCAGUCCAGCAGUGACACAGAGGUGUUUGAAAACUGAUCGACUCGUACCAGCACAGCACACGCUACCACACCACCACGUCAGUAUCACUGCAGUCUGUAACUGUAGAAGUACAAAGUGCAUCUGUAUGGUAAGUAGUGCUGACAUGAAGGACUGAGUGUAGAAACAAGGAGUAUAUAUAUUUUUAUUUUUUUGCAAUAAUACUGAAGGGAUUACACAUAUAUGCCCAUAUAAAAGUCACACAAAUGGUUGGAGGAAAUUGAUUCAUUGUCUUGUUUUUCAGCUGUGUUUUCCAGUCAUCAUCUCAAUAUUAUCUGCCACAAAGGCUAAUUUUUUCUGUUCAGCUCUGAGAUUAAAAGAUUACUGCACCA